AUGUCAUUGCAGUCUGAGAUGUCUACGCUUACCGAGAACCCCCUUGACUUAUAUCACGAUGGACUCGGACUAGAGAUCCACACUGCCCAUGACAGUUCAUUCAUUGCUCGCCCAGGGACAAACUCAUAUCCACAAGAACGAUUAGAUGCCUUCAUCGCCGAGAUUCAAGCGUCUCCGUCGGGCGUACCCCGUGCCCCCAGUCAAGGGCUAUACAAACCAAUAACCAACCCGUACGAGAUCCGUGUCCUUGAGAUUAAAUCAGGCAUAGGCGCAGAAACGCUCCGAGGAAGUCUUCAUUAUUGUACGGUCGAAUUCGACCCUCCAGAUUUAAAGUACAAAGCAAAAUGGGCAAUAUCCAGUGCAGAUUAUUCCGAGCCUGUUUUCUUCACCGCCUUGAGCUAUACAUGGGGUCCCAACGUUUUUGACUCUAUCAUAGAAUGCGACGGGUUUGUCAAAAAGAUCACGAAGUCGCUAGACUCUGCAAUCAGACAGUUUCGCCAUCCUGACGACUCUAUCAUGAUGUGGAUUGAUCAAAUAUGCAUCAACCAGGACGACAAUAUUGAAAAGGCACAGCAGAUCCCACUUAUGAGCAAAAUAUACAAGCUCGCGACAAACACCGUUAUCUGGCUUGGGGAGGCCAGCGAAGGGUCUGAUUCUGCCUUGAAACUACUCGAACGGAUUGUUUCAUGCCUACAGCUCACCCUUUCCAACCCUGACUUUCCCGACUUGGAAAGGCUCGGCCUUCCAGAAGCCGACUCCAAGGUAUGGGAACAUCUGUGUGAGCUGCUGACUCGAAAGUGGUUUACACGGGUCUGGGUUAUUCAAGAAGCGGUACUUUCAUGGGAUCCGGAUACGUGGUUUGCUUGCGGUGACUUCUUCCUCCCGUGGAAGAUUCUCGCAGACGCGUGCACAUAUCUGAUCACAUGUGGUAUUUCUCAGAAGCUGGGGGAGAGGUUUUCUGCAAUUGUUUCUGUACAUGCGCCGCUGGGUGAAAUAAUAUCGAACAUCGAGUGGAUGAAGCGUACUAGUCACCCAGACUUGUUCACGUUCUUGGCUGAUACUCGGAACGCUGAAUGUUGGGACCCUAAAGACAGGGUCUAUGGGCUUCUUGGGCUCAUUGGCGACAAGGCUAAGGCAGCAGUUAGAGUCAGCUAUGCAUCUGACUACACUGUGGCCAGUCUUUACAAAGAUGUGACCGUGGGUUUCAUACAGGGUGAUGACCUAAACUCUUUGAUAAGAUUAUCCUUGGUCUUAGGUGCAGUGGAUCACGAGUCACCCGAUCUGCCAUCAUGGGUUCCUGACUGGCGUGUACCCCCUUCAAUGAUUGGACUCAAUACACCAUUUGCAUUUAGUGGUAUAUACCACGCAUGUGGACCAUUCAGCCGUAUGAACAACAAGGGAAAGCCCACGGCUAAGAUCCAUGGCGAUGAUCUCACCACCCCAGGCGUGCUUUUUGACACUAUUAUCAAGGUUACAGAUACGUUCGAUAAUCCGGAUCUCAGCUACCAAAGCCCAAUGACUGGAAAUACGGCCCUAAUCACCGCUGUGGUCUUUGUCUCACAGAUGCGGAAGAAUGGGCCAUAUGGAGGAGAUAUUUUUGAAGCUCUCUGGAACACUCUUGUUGCUGGUAGGUACAAAAAAGAGAGCUCAGAGCCAUGGAGAAUUGAAACCGCUUCAAUGUCACAGGGGCCGCUUUUCGCGGAAAUAUUCAGCUUUCUCAUUGAUGAGACGAUCGGAAGGUCGCACUCACUUCAAGGGCAGACAUAUUCGGAUCGUCAAAAACGCCCCAAAGGGAAAGGCGGACUGGACCUCUCUAACCUGAGUCAACGCACCCUGGGCGAGACGUUUCAAGAUGCGCGCUUGGCCUUGAGACGCGCAUUGAGAGGUCGAACGAUGGGUAUCACAAGUAAGGGAUACUUAGGUCUUUUUCCUGGACGUGUUGCAGUAGGGGACUUUGUGUAUGUGUUUGAUAGGUGUCCGGUGCCAUAUGUUUUGAGAUCAGUGGGAAGUGAGGGCAAGUUCAGGUUUAUUGGCGAGUGCUAUGUCUAUGGUAUUAUGGAUGGAGAGGCUGUUGAGCCGGAAGAUAUAUGCUUAGGGGGUGUGACUCUCGUCUAG